UUUACUUUCUCUAUCGAUUCAUCGAAUCACUUUACAACUCUCUUUUCUCAGAGUCUCAUUCUAUCCACGCUUUACUCUUCGUCCUUUCAAAAGUCAUCAAAGUCGCUACACCAGGCGACUUACGACACCUCGUCCAAAAUUCCUUCCUCAACCUCCCUCCCGUCGCCCACCGCCAGCAUCCCCUUCCCGCCCCGGAAAUUCCCCGUCCGCACGGCGCUCCACUUCCACGCCCCGCGCCCGAAGCUCACCCUCGUCACGCCCGUCUCCCUGGCCCGCGACUUCGCCGCCCGGAAGCACAACAGAAACAUGGGUUCCGCUCCUCGCCUCGGCGCCCUCGGGCACACCUUCACCGCCAUGCGCGCCAUGCAGUUCGUUUCCUUGGUGUCCAUCAUCGGCACGGUGUCCAACUUUAUUUCGGAGAUCAAUGGCGCUGAUGCCGUUCCGCCUUCCGUCUUGAUCGGCACACUUGUUAUUUCCUGCAUCGCAACCCUCUACAUCUCAAUCACCUAUAUCCUCUACUACGACAACAUGCUUCCCCUCCUCCUCGCCGCCGGCGCAGACACCUUCCUCCUCAUCGCCGUCAUUGUCGUCGCCUGCCUCCUAGGCAAACCCCUCUCCUACCUAGACUGCGCCGCCCUGCCCAAGUCCAGCGGUAGCACCGCCAACUUCAUGGCCUCCGUGACGGCCAACAUCAACACCGGCUCCGCGCUCAACUACUUCAUCUGGGUCGGCGCCGACCAGGGCACGUGCUAUGCCAUCAAGGCCGUCUGGGGUCUUUCGAUUGCGUUGGUGGCAGUCGGUGGUGUUGGUGGUGGAAAUGGUGGUGGUGGCUAUGCUCCUUCUUUCCCGCCUCCUCCUACGAGGGAAGUACGGGGUUGCUAUUUCAGCAACAGCAAGAAGAGCCUCGGCACCGCCGCGGUGUUGGCGCGGGAGAAGCGGUUUGACAGCGACUAUUCUUCGGGUUCGGACUCGGAUGAUGUCCACCAUGUCGCUGUACCGCCUCCCGCCUCCCAACACACCCGGACAACCGCGUGGUUUCCACCCCCGCCGAUGCCAAUGUCGACGCAGAUGCCCCCUACCACGACCCAAGUGCAGCACAAGCGCGUGCAGAUUGUCGAGCAGAGGCAACCCGUUCACCCCAUGCCCGUCUUGCCCGAGUUGAUCGUCUCCCCUGCGCCGCCGCUUUCUCCGGCCCCGUCUUCUGCUCGGUCGCCGAUGACGCCGGUGGAGCACCUUGUCCAUGGCAAGGGUCUUGGCCGGGGGAAGUCGAAGCGCAAGACGAUUAUGGAGUUUAUUGACGGGUGGUGGGAUUUGGGGCUGUUGGAGCAGCAGAAGCGGGCUGCUUCUCGGAGAAAGGCGUGA